UAGGUUCCAUGAGGGAGAGCUGAUGACAACAGGUCACCUGGCAGCAAGGCCCUCCCCUUGCUAGUUUCUGCAAGGGCCUUCUGCUGUGCUCUUUGACACAGGUGUUGAGAGUGCUAUUUACUGUGGAGGAGGGAUUUUAUUUUCCUUGAUUAUGUAAACCAGUAGCCUUUGCCAAGAACACCCCGUGCCUUGAGGCUCUAGGCUGGUUUCUUCCCAUUGGCUGGCCAGGAUUCAUUUUCUUGGGAGUGUAUUUUUCAAGUUGCUGAGCAGUGAUACUGGCUAGUGCCUCUUGGGAGCGAAGCACUGGAGUUCGGAGAUCCCCAACCACAUCCCGUGACAAUGACAGCGGAUGAGCUGGUUUUCUUUGUGAAUGGCAAAAAGGUGGUGGAGAAGAAUGCAGAUCCAGAAACAACCCUUUUGGCCUACUUGAGAAGAAAAUUGGGGCUGAGCGGGACCAAGCUGGGCUGUGGAGAAGGGGGCUGCGGGGCUUGCACGGUGAUGCUUUCCAAGUAUGAUCGUUUCCAGAACAAGAUCGUCCACUUUUCUGCCAAUGCCUGCCUGGCCCCCAUCUGUUCUUUGCAUCAUGUCGCUGUGACGACCGUGGAAGGAAUAGGAAGCACCAAGUCCAGGCUGCAUCCUGUGCAGGAGAGAAUUGCCAAAAGCCAUGGUUCCCAGUGCGGGUUCUGCACCCCUGGCAUCGUCAUGAGCAUGUACACACUGCUCCGGAACCAGCCUGAGCCCACCAUGGAGGAGAUCGAGGACGCCUUCCAAGGUACGGGCCUGGGGGCACAGCCGAGGAGGUGGAAUGGCAGCUGGGGCUUUGCGGAGGUUAGAGAGGGGCCAGAGUGGAAGCCAGGGAUGGGCCAGGAGGUCGAGGCACUGCCUUAUGCAGGAAAGGCUCAGGUACCCCAACAUGGUGGCUAUGGUCUGCUGGGAGGGGCCCUUGGAUCCCUCCCAAUUGUGAUCCUUGAGUGUUGCUGCUUUAGCAGCAGUCCCAGAGCCCCCACUUACCCUGGCGAAGGUCCGGAACCCCUGGAGGAUGGGCCUGUAGCCUGUGCAGCGACACAGGUUUCCUGCAUUGAGAUGAAAUUUAAGAAUAAGCUGUUUCCUAUGAUCGUCUGCCCAGCCUGGAUCCCUGAGCUGAAUUCAGUGGAGCAUGGACCGGAGGGCACCAGGAGGACGGUUCGGAUGGAUCACACCUUCUUCCCUGCUUACAGAAAGACCCUGCUGGCUCCCGAGGAGAUACUGCUUUCCAUUGAGAUCCCCUACAGCAGGGAGGGUGAAUACUUCUCAGCAUUUAAGCAGGCCUCUCGGAGAGAAGAUGACAUCGCCAAGGUGACCAGUGGCAUGAGGGUCCUGUUCAACCCGGGAACCGUGCAGGUGAAGGAGCUGGCCCUUUGCUACGGCGGAAUGGCUGACAGAACCAUCUCGGCCCUCAAGACCACGUGGAGGCAGAUCUCACACUUCUGGAAUGAGGGGUUGCUGCAAGACGUGUGUGCUGGCCUGGCGGAGGAGCUGUCCCUGGCCCCCGAUGCCCCUGGAGGCAUGGUGGAGUUCCGGCGUACCCUGACCCUCAGCUUCUUCUUCAAGUUCUACCUGACGGUGCUUCAGAAACUGGGCAAAGAGAACUCAGAAGAUCAGUGUGGCAAGCUGGACCCCACCCAUGCCAGUGCCACCCUACUCUUUCAGAAAGACCCUCCAGCCAACGUCCAGCUCUUCCAAGAGGUGCCCAAGGGUCAGUCUGAAGAGGACAUGGUGGGUCGGUCCCUGCCCCACCUGGCCGCGGCCAUGCAGGCAUCUGGGGAGGCCGUGUACUGUGAUGACAUCCCUCGCUACGAGAAUGAGCUGUCCCUCCGGCUGGUCACCAGCACCCGAGCCCACGCCAAGAUCAAAUCCAUAGAUACUUCAGAAGCCCAGAAGGUGCCAGGGUUUGUCUGCUUUAUCUCUGCGGAUGAUGUUCCUGGGAGUAAUAUAACUGGAAUUUGUAAUGAUGAAAUGGUUUUUGCAAAGGAUGAGGUGACUUGUGUUGGGCACAUCAUUGGUGCUGUGGUCACUGACACCCGAGAACAUGCACAAAGAGCCGCUCAAGCGGUGAAAAUCACCUAUGAAGAUCUUCCAGCCAUUAUCACAAUUGAGGAUGCUAUAAAAAAUGACUCCUUUUAUGAGCCUGAGCUGAAGAUCGAGAAAGGAAAUCUCACAAAGGGGUUUUCGGAAGCAGACAACAUUGUUUCAGGUGAGUUGCACAUCGGUGGCCAAGAGCACUUCUACCUGGAGACUGGAGGAGCCCUGAUUCAUGUGUACACAGAUGGGUCUGUGCUGCUGACCCAUGGAGGCACUGAGAUGGGCCAAGGCCUUCACACCAAGAUGGUCCAGGUGGCCAGCAGAGCACUGAAAAUCCCCACCUCUAAGAUUUACAUCAGCGAGACAAGCACGAACACGGUCCCUAACACCUCUCCCACAGCUGCCUCUGUCAGCGCUGACCUCAACGGACAGGCUGUCUAUGAAGCUUGUCAGACCAUCCUGAAAAGACUGGAGCCCUUCAAGAAGAAGAAUCCUAGUGGCUCCUGGGAAGACUGGGUCAUGGCUGCCUACCUGGACGCAGUGAGCUUGUCUGCUACUGGGUUUUAUAAAACACCCAACCUUGGCUACAGCUUUGAGACGAACUCGGGGAAUGCCUUCCACUACUUCAGCUAUGGGGUGGCUUGUUCCGAAGUGGAAAUUGACUGCUUAACGGGGGAUCAUAAAGUAAGAAGUGUGCAAAAUCUUAAGGCAUCUGUCCUUGGGGUGGUGGAGGCAGAGUGGCCAUGGUCUCUGUUUGCCCUGCAGGUAGAAGGGGCUUUUGUCCAGGGCCUUGGCCUCUUUACCCUGGAGGAGCUGCACUACUCCCCCGAGGGAAGCCUGCACACCCGUGGCCCCAGCACCUACAAGAUCCCUGCAUUCGGCAGCAUCCCCAGCGUGUUCAGGGUGUCCCUGCUCCGUGACUGCCCCAACAAGAAGGCCAUCUAUGCAUCCAAGGCCGUCGGUGAGCCACCUCUCUUCCUGGCAGCCUCCAUCUUCUUCGCCAUCAAGGAUGCCAUCCGUGCAGCUCGAGCUGGGAACACGGAUCAUAAGAUGAAGAAGCUUUUCCAGCUAGACAGCCCCGCCACCCCAGAGAAGAUCCGCAACGCCUGCGUGGACAAGUUCACCACGCUGUGCAUCACCGGCACUACAGAAAACUGUAAACCCUGGUCUGUGAGGGUCUGAAGAGACAGCCCCUGGCAAACUCUGCUGAUGCCACGCUGGACCUUACAUGGAGCAUGAAACAGGCCUGCAGAGCUGGAUCUACAAACGUUGUGGCACAAAAAUGCUGUGAUUCAUCGGGAUGGUUUUUGGAAGAAUGUGGAAGGCAUUGGAAGACUUUGUGUUGUUUUCAUUGGAAGGUUUUGAUCAAAAAUAUAAUUUGCAAACAUAAUGAUAAGCAAGUUCAGAACUUUUAGGGCCAUGUGGCUAAUAUGUACUUAGAGUCUUUUUAUGUCUGUUGUAAUCAUGUGUGUACAAUAGGUGUAUGUGCUCUGUCCCAACUCACAGGCCAGGCUAUAUAACCUCAGGUGCUGAUAGUGUCUGUCCUUCACAGAGGAUGCCCCCAAACUUGCAGAGGCUUCCAUUCUCAAUCGGAAAGCCUUUCCUUUAAACCAAUGAACAUCAUGUUAUAACCACAGGCCCAUAGUCAAAUUUGCAGUGGGACAGUGGGGCGAGAUUCAAACCUCUAUCUACCUUUGGGUCAUUGAAGAGAAUAAACAAUGACACUAACUCAAAGUUAAUCUAAUCUUGGUAAGUGGCAGAAAGGAAAUUAUUCUAUUCCUUCAAAAGCCAACCAACCCAAUUAUCGCACAUUACAAUGUGGUAGGUUUCUUUCUCUUCCCACUUGUACAAUAAAAGAAAUCAGGUUUAAAAAUCUUCA